AUGGGCACAGAGCCAGGGCAGCACCCGAUGGCGCCCGAUGGGCCCCUUGUCUUUGCUGGCUUGAGCCCAGCCGACCUGGGCCUCGCCAGCACCUUCUGGACCUCAGCCGUGCUCCUGCCGCUACUCGAGUCCUGUCUAGGCCCUGCCACCCUGCGACAAAGUGAAAAAAACAGUGAGAAAGAGAGACUCUCCAAAGCUCAAAGCAUGGAGAAAACUAAAGUCAAAGAAAAACACCUUCAGCCGGCCAGGAGAAGAGAAGAAAUACAAGCUUUUCUGAGGAAACAGAAGAAAGGAUUGCAGUAAAAAGAGCUGAUUUCUCAUCCACAUAAACCAAAGAUCAAAACUGAUCAAGUAGCCCGGCGGAAGGUGUCUGAAGCUGACCUUAUGGAUCAAGAAGCAGUAAAGGCCCUUAAAUAG